AUGGAAGGGUCUUGUGUGUGUAACAACGGAACCUACAACUCCACGGUUGUCCAGAUUCCGGCCGUCUCAUCGACUCUUGGAACAAAUUAUCAAGCUUGUGCAAUUGCAAACAAUCCGUGUACAUCAAAACCUUGUCCUGCAAACUCAAACUGUAUUCGGUCGAAUGUCAACUAUCGAUGCACUUGUUGGGCCAAUUUCACGGGAGCCUCCUGCAACAUUUCGCUUCCGACGGGAGUCUGUGCGAGUUCUCCUUGCCAGAACGGUGCCACUUGUGAUGACAACGGAGAUGGAACGUUCAAUUGUACUUGUGCUGCGAAUUAUAUGGGAGAGCUUUGUGAAAACUUCAAUUACUGCUCCAACAACAAUCAAUGCUGGAAUGGUGGAAAAUGUCUGCUGUUGUUCUCGGGGGAGGAUUUGUUUGUGAAAGCGAAUUUCGUGACUCUUUUCCCCUUUCAGCUAUUGCAAUUGUACUUCUGCUUGGCAAGGGAAACAAUGUGGCACAGCGACUCUGAUACCUCGAUUUUUCAGCUGCUGACACAUCGGCUGGCUGCUGGGCAACUUCAACAACGAAUUCGCAAGGGCUCAACGAUGCAAAUUGCACUACAACCAGUAGUAUCUCAUUUCCAACACCUUGGGGUUGCCGUUCCCUUUUCCAACAACAAGUUAUCAACGAUGCUUCAU